AUGAAUGUACGGAUAGCGAAUAUAUGCAAGGCGAAAAGAAGCGGAACGAAUGUCAGCUUGGGAAACCGAGCAAAUAUAUGCGGAACGAAUAUAAUCCAAACGAAUAUAAGCGGAGCGAAUAUAACCGGAGUGAAUAUAAACGGAGCGAAAGAAAUUGAUAUAAGAGUAGUGGACGGGGCGAAUUUAAUCGUUAAAAAUUUUUACCAGAAUCUAAACGAAUAUAAGCGAGGAGUAUGUAAGAGAUACAAUAGGAAAAGAACUGGGAGAUCGUCGUUUUAUUCGCGCCGUUGUUUAAUAGGUUUUGCCAUUUUAUGGAUUCUAGCUUUAUGUAUUUUUUUGUCAUUUAACGAGGAUAUAUCCUCUAAAAUUGUAACACCUGCCUUAAACAGAGAUUCGCAAGAUCUUAUAAAUAUAUCUCCCCUUCAACCAUUCGAUAUUCAUCGAUUCGGUCAAAAAAUAGUCAAUUUACCAAAAAAGAUUUAUCAAAAUAUAGCGGAGGUAGUGGAUAAUUGGGCCGGACAUCCGGAUGAAGCGGGGGUAGGUGUGUUGCCACCUCCGGAUCAAGAGGAGAUCAUGAACCCCAAAGGAUACGGUUAUAAUGGUGAAGCUGUUGUUUUUAAAAAAUUAAAUCCUGAACAACGAAAAGAAAUGGAUGAAGGAUGGAAAAACAAUGCCUUUAAUCAAUUUGUUAGUGAUCGUAUAUCUUUACACCGUAAAUUACCUGAGAUCAGAGAUAAAGAAUGUUUGGCGAUAAAAUAUGAUUAUGAUCUUCCAACGACAAGUAUUGUUAUGUGCUUUCACAACGAAGCCUUUUCGGUUUUGUUAAGAGGUGUUCAUUCAAUUAUAGAUCGGACACCAUCACGCCUGCUCAAAGAAAUUAUUUUAGUCGAUGAUUUUUCUGAUAUGGAGCACGUGAAAGAAAAAUUGGAUAAAUAUGUUGCUAAAUUGGGUAAAGUUCGAGUUAUAAGAACUAAAAAGAGAGAAGGCUUAAUCAGAGCACGAUUAUUCGGUGCUGCUAAUGCCACAGGGGAUGUUAUUACAUUCUUAGAUUCUCAUAUUGAGUGCGCUGACGGUUGGGCUGAGCCUUUAUUGCAGCGUAUAAAGGAGGAUGAAAGCCGCGUGGUGUGCCCGGUGAUAGAUGUUAUAGACGAUGCUACAUUUAAAUAUCAUUAUUCAGGAGCCACAAGUAUUAAUUUGGGCGGAUUUGACUGGGGUCUACAAUUCAAUUGGCACCCUAUUCCCGAAAGAGAGAAAAAUAGAAGAAAGUCGGCUAUCGAUCCUCUCUAUUCUCCCACGAUGGCUGGUGGAUUAUUUUCUAUCCACAGGGGCUAUUUUGAAAAAAUAGGAACUUAUGACGCCGCUAUGGAUAUAUGGGGAGGAGAAAAUUUAGAGUUAUCAUUUAGAAUAUGGAUGUGUGGAGGCACGUUAGAAUUUAUUCCUUGCUCUCACAUUGGGCACAUAUUUCGCAAAAGAAGUCCUUACAAAUGGAGCACGGGAGUAGAUGUUCUCAGAAAAAAUUCCGUUAGAUUGGCGAUGGUUUGGUUGGAUGGAUAUGGCGAGUAUUAUUUUCAAAGGAUCAAUCAUGAUUAUGGCAAAUAUGGCGAUAUUUCUGCGAGAAAAGCUUUAAGGGAACGAUUAAAAUGUCACAAUUUUAGUUGGUACAUUCAUAAUGUGUAUCCCGAACUUUUUGUACCCGCGGAUGCUUAUUCUAACGGAGAAAUCAGGAACAAGGGAAAUGAUUCUAAUUAUUGUUUAGACUCCGCUGCAAAUCAUGAAAGUGUUAAUAAACCGAUUAAAAUGUAUUCCUGCCAUAGACAAGGCGGAAACCAGUAUUGGAUGUUAAGCAAAGAUGGAGAAAUCAGACGAGAUGAUAUGUGCCUUGAUUAUGCUGGAAAAUCUCCAGUUUUAUUUGAUUGUCACAGUCAAAAAGGAAAUCAAUAUUGGGUCUACAACCCAAUUAAAAAGUCAAUCGAACAUGUUAAUAGCAAGUUAUGCUUAGAAAUGAAUUUAGAUGGCAUAAGAUUAGCAAUGGAAAAAUGCAAUAACUCGCCUCAUCAACAAUGGGAUUUAGAAAAAUAUAAAAUUGGCAAUAAAAUAUCAAACGAAGUCUAA